AUGCUCUCCUUUCUCCACGUCUCCUACACCGCUUUCUGCGCCUCGCGCCGUCUCGACCCAUUUCCCAUUGUGUCUCCGUCGACGACCGCCGCGCGGUUGUGGGCCUGGAUGCUCGGCUCGACGCUCUUCACAGACUUCGCGCGCGACUUGGCCACCGCGACGGGAGCGGGCGGCGCGUGGGUGCAGACCGCGCUGCUAGGGAGCUUGGGCAUGAGUCUACUGCUCGGCAUCGAAGGACGUCGGAGAGGGAGCGGGUGGUCGAGUGAGGAGGAUGAGAAGAUGGUGGGGGAAAGGGGAGAGGAGGAGGAGGGCGAUGGGGGAAGAAGAAGAAGGUUGGGGGAGCUGGUGGUGCUGGCGCAGGUUCUGCCCGUGAGGUUUGCGGGGACGCUGUUUCUGAUCGGGGCGGAGAUCGAGACCGAGGAGAGAAGGCGGUUGGCGUGGUCGGAAUCGAAGCCGUAUGCUGAGAAAGACCGGGUGGUCCAGGCCUCGGGGAUAGCGAAGCAGGGAGCAGGGCAGUCGAGCGAUGAUGUGCGGGUCUCAUUCGUGGUGCCCCUCGCCGUGACGGUGUAUCUCGCUCUUCUCCCAUUCCUCCAGCGGGCUGCUCGAUCUUCAACAUCGGCUCCGCUGUGGGACGUGGCGCGGCCUCGGUAUUGGAAAGUGGCAGCUACCGACGUCUCAGUCACUUAA